AUGGCAUGGCACAAGCGUCUCGGCAGGCAUAGCUCCCUCUCAGCGCUGGAUGACCAUAUCAUGCGCAUCAUCGUCCUGUCUCUUUUAGAGUGCCCUGUCCUCGUCCCUGAUGACUACCCGACAGUCGCCAAGGCGGUGGAGGCGGCGGUGGACGGACAGACUAUCCUCGUGCGAACUGGAGAGCACUUCCUAGGACCCAAUGCCUCGAAGCCUGUCGUCAUCUCGAAGCGGCUGAAUCUGGUAGGAGAGGACGGAGCCGUGCUCAAUGGUGGUCUGCGAAUGUCGUUCGGCUCGGGCGGUGUGCUCAGGAACAUUACAGUUAAAGGGCACCUAUGGAUCUACGACGGGAGGUGGGAUGUGAGCGACUGUGUGGUUCAGAUGCGACAAGACGCCUGCGUGCUGCUGAGCAACACGUCGAGAGUUAGAGUACGUCGGUGUGUGGUGGGAGGUACUUCGAAGUAUCAGGCCAGCUGCGGGUUCAUCGUGUACGGCCAUGCUGUUGCUGUCGUCUCGGACUGCGAGGUGGAACACUGUGCCAAGGGAGUGAGCACGGGAGGAAAGAGCUCGUUGCUGAUGAGCUCCUGUGACAUCCGUGAUUGUGUCUGUGCUUUCUCAGUUCUUCAUCCUGGGGAUCACGGGAGGCUGCUGAGGGUGAGAGACUGCGAAAUCAUCAGGAGCGGGAGGCUCUGGCUGGACCAGUACCGGCCGGAGCGGGUGGAGGCGGAGGAAAACAAAAUCAAUCAGGAGUCUAUGGGCCGGACCUUCUGGCAGCGAUACGCAUCCACUGUUGGAUCAUGGGAGACGUAUGCAGAUUACCCGGGUUCCUUGGAGUUCUAG